CCUCAGUUUUCUUUCCACAGCUUCUGACCCUACGUUUCCGGUCCACACCCUCCCGGCCAGACCCUACCCGGCUGCUCCAGCGUCAGCGCCCCCAGGCGGCGGAUACCUUCCUCGUCCAGCUCCCACUGCUCCGCCAUCCCCGCCCGCCGCUCACCUGCCGCCGCCCGCGAGACCACCCGGCGUACGCCAGGCCACGCCCACUGCCCCGCCCCGCGCGCCGCCGCGACCCCAGGAGCCGUUAUUGGCCGGGUCACAAGACCGACCGCCCGCCCGCUGCUCGAGCCGCGACCAUGGAGGAGUCUGGCAUAUCUCAUGAAUCAGCAGGGGACUUGUUUCAUUUCAACAUAGGGGGCUGGCAUUUCUCAGUUCCCAGAAGCAAACUCUCUCAGUUUCCAGACUCCCUGCUGUGGAAAGAGGCUUCAGCCUUGACCUCUUCAGAAAGCCAGAGGCUAUUUAUCGACAGAGAUGGUUCCACAUUUAGGCACGUGCACUAUUACCUCUACACCUCCAAGCUCUCCUUCUCCAGUUGUGCGGAACUGAACUUGCUGUAUGAGCAAGCAUUGGGUUUGCAGCUGAUGCCUUUGCUGCAGACUCUAGAUAACCUGAAGGAAGGGAAACACCAUCUACGCGUGCGGCCUGCAGACAUACCUGUUGCUGAGAGAGCAUCUCUGAACUACUGGCGUACAUGGAAGUGUAUUAGCAAACCCUCAGAAUUUCCAAUCAAAAGCCCAGCCUUCACAGCCCUACAUGACAAUAAGGCACCUCUGGGACUCAUGGACACACCCCUGUUAGACACAGAAGAGGAGGUGCACUACUGCUUCCUGCCCCUAGACCUGGUGGCCAAAUAUCCUAGCCUAGUGACUGAAGACAACCUGCUGUGGCUGGCUGAGACGGUGGCCCUCAUCGAGUGCGAGUGCAGCGAGUUCCGCUUCAUUGUGAAUUUUCUUCGCUCACAGAAGAUUUUACUACCAGAUAAUUUCUCCAACAUUGAUGUAUUAGAAGCAGAAGUGGAAAUUCUGGAAAUCCCUGCACUCACUGAAGCCGUAAGGUGGUACCGGAUGAACGUGGGUGGCUGUUCCCGGACCACCUGUCCUCCCCUGAGCCCCGGGAAGGGGGCCUGCACAGCUAGCCUGGAGUCCGUGAAACCGCUCUACACGAUGGCCCUGGGUCUGCUGGUCAAGUACCCGGACUCUGCACUGGGCCAGCUUCGCAUCGAGAGCACGCUAGACGGAAGCCGACUGUACAUCACAGGGAACGGCGUCCUCUUUCAGCAUGUCAAGAACUGGCUGGGGACUUGCCGGCUGCCCCUGACAGAGACCAUUUCCGAGGUAUAUGAGCUCUGUGCCUUCCUAGACAAAAGGGACAUCACCUACGAGCCAAUGAAAGUGGCUUUGAAGACUUAUCUGGAGCCAAGGACUUUGGCACCCAUGGAUGUGCUCAAUGAGUGGACGGCAGAGAUCACUGUGUAUUCCCCACAACAGAUAAUCAAAGUGUAUGUUGGAAGCCACUGGUACGCAACCACCCUGCAGACACUGCUGAAGUAUCCAGAACUGCUGUCCAACCCUCAGAAAGUGUACUGGAUCACAUAUGGACAAACCCUGCUCAUCCACGGGGAUGGCCAGAUGUUCCGACACAUUCUCAACUUCCUGAGACUUGGCAAACUGUUUUUACCAUCUGAAUUUAAGGAAUGGCCCCUCUUCUGCCAGGAGGUGGAGGAAUACCACAUUCCAUCUCUCUCAGAAGCCCUUGCACAAUGUGAAGCAUACAAGUCAUGGACUCAGGAGAAAGAAUCUGAAAAUGAAGAAGCUUUUCCCAUCAGGAGGCUGCACAUGGUGACAGAAGGGCCAGGGUCACUGGUGGAGUUCAGUAGAGACACUAAAGAAACCACAGCCUACAUGCCUGUGGACUUCGAAGACUGCAGUGACAGGACUCCAUGGAACAAGGCUAAGGGAAACCUGGCGGGGUCCAACCAGAUGGAGGAGGCUGAGCAGUACGCUCGGCCCAUCCAGGUGUCCCUAUGCCGAAAUGCCAAGAGGGCUGGCAACCCUAGCACAUACUCACACUGCCCUGGCUUGUGUACCAAUCCUGGACACUGGGGGAGCCACCCUGAGAGCCCCUCAAAGAAGAAAUGCACCACAAUCAACUUCACACAGAAAUCUGAAACCAAAGACCCUCCUGCCACUCCCAUGCAAAAACUCAUCUCCCUGGUGAGAGAAUGGGACAUGGUCAAUUGCAAACAGUGGGAAUUCCAGCCACUGACAGCCUCCCGGAGCAGCCCCUUGGAGGAGGUCACCCUGCAGCUCCCCUUGGGAAGCAAGGCUGCUUCCCAGCCCAGCACCUCAGCUGCCUGGAAAGCCCAUUCCACAGCCUCAGAGAAGGAUCCAGGACCACAGGCAGGGGCUGGAGCUGGAGCAAAAGACAAGGGGCCAGAGCCAACCUUCAAGCCAUACUUCCCCCAAAAAAGAGCCGGCACCCUGAAGGACUGGAGCAAGCAGAGGACCAAGGAGAGAGAAAGCCCUGCCCCUGAGCAGCCUCUGCCCGAGGCCAGUGAGGUGGACAGCCUAGGGGUUAUCCUCAAAGUGACUCACCCCCCUGUGGUGGGCAGCGAUGGUUUCUGCAUGUUCUUUGAGGACAGCAUCAUCUACACCACGCAGAUGGACAACCUCAGGCACACACCACCCACAGCCAGUCCCCAGCCCCAAGAAGUGACUUUCGUGAGUUUCUCUCUGUCCUGGGAAGAGAUGUUUUAUGCGCAGAAAUGUCACUGCUUCCUGGCUGACAUCAUCCUAGAUUCCAUCAGGCGAAAGGACCCCAAAGCCAUCACAGCCAAGGUGGUCUCCCUGGCCAAUCGGCUGUGGACCCUGCACAUCAGCCCCAAGCAGUUUGUGGUAGAUUUGCUGGCCAUCACCGGCUUCAAGGACGACCGGCACACCCAGGAGCGCCUGUACAGCUGGGUGGAGCUUACACUGCCCUUCGCCAGGAAAUAUGGCCGCUGCAUGGACCUGCUCAUCCAGAGGGGCCUGUCUAGGUCUGUCUCGUACUCCAUCCUGGGAAAGCACCUACAAGAGGACUAGGGUGCCCAGAGAUGCAGCCCCUCGUGCCCCACCCGCCAAGGCUCAUUUUAAUUGGAGAUAGCCCCAGAAUGCAUGUGCCCAUCAGAGGGUACAUAUCAGUCUAUUUUUUAUUAUAAACAAAUAAAAGAUUAAAUCACA